AUGACCGGAGGCAAGUCUGGAGGCAAGGCCAGUGGCAGCAAGUCCAACGCGCAGUCCCGCUCGUCCAAGGCCGGUCUCGCUUUCCCCGUCGGUCGUGUCCACCGUCUGCUCAGGAAGGGCAACUACGCUCAGCGUGUCGGUGCCGGUGCUCCCGUCUACCUCGCUGCCGUUCUUGAGUACCUCGCUGCCGAAAUCCUCGAGUUGGCCGGUAACGCCGCCCGCGACAACAAGAAGACCCGUAUCAUUCCCCGUCACCUUCAGCUCGCUAUCAGGAACGACGAGGAGCUGAACAAGCUGCUUGGUCACGUCACCAUCGCCCAAGGUGGUGUUCUGCCCAACAUCCACCAGAACCUUCUUCCCAAGAAGACUUCCAAGCCCGGCAAGGGCCCUAGCCAAGAGCUGUAG